AUGCGCUGCCGCAACUCCUCUUCGUUCAGAGGUGGAAUGAAACCAGCGCAUGUAUCAGACCAUCAUGGACUAUCUAACAUUCACUAAGGAGAACCGUGAGCGGAUCCUGGCUGUGGAGAACUCAUUCAGCCCAGGGGGGACUGCCUUGGCCAAACCUGGUCGGAUCCUGGUGGGAGAGGGCCGUCUACUGAAGCAGGGCCGCAAGAAACCCCAGCUGAAAGCCUUCUUCCUCUUCAGUGAUGUGUUGGUUUACGGCAGCGUCCUCCUGUGUGGCCGCUGGCACAGAAAACAGAGGGUUAUACCUUUAGAGGACAUCCUGCUGGAGGACAUGGAGGAUGGUGUGAGACUGACAAACCAAUGGCUGAUCCGUACACCCCGCAAGUCCUUCUUUGUGUCUGCUCCUACUCAGGAGGAGAAGCAGGCCUGGAUGCAGCACAUUGAAGACUGCCGGUCCAACCUGCGACCGGGUCCAUUUCAGGGAGAUGGUCCCAAACCGGUGUCUCACUUUGCUGUUUCCUGGAUCCCAGACAAAGUCUCUUCUCUAUGCAUGCGCUGUACUAAGACGUUCACAGUCACCAAGCGGCGGCACCACUGCAGGCAAUGUGGCUUUAUUGUCUGUAACGCAUGUUCCAAGGACAGAACACAGAUCAGUCACAUUAACACCAAAAAGAAACUGAGAGUCUGCUCCUACUGCUACUCCAUGAAAAAUGAAGAGAAUGAAGUUGUGACGCGUCAGAGGGGGGGCAGCACUGACACCAAAUCUUCAGAGGAAGAUGACCUGGCUCUGUCCAGUGAUGAAGAGGAGAUGGACGAGACGAUGAUGGAUAACACCCCAAGCAAGUGGCUCGACUCUCACUCUGGCACCUGGGGCCAGAUGGGCACCUAUGUCAGUGUAAAAUAAACCAAUAUAAUAAUAUGACACUGAUCAGGUUCACCAUCAUCCAUCAUUUUGGUCAAUUUUGAACUUUACUCUUGAAGGACUUUUACUAUUAUAUUUAUAUGGCCAGGAAUGACACAAAGUAGUAACAGCUGAUAGUAGUCCAUGUAAACUUUUGCCUAUAAAGUUGUAACGCAUUCUUACCUCUUUAAUCUUGAUUGUGACACUGUUGAAUGUAUCAGAGAAAAAAAAAAAAAAACUGAACACACUUUAAAUGCUUUUAAACUUUUCACAGUGGUUGUGGAUUAUAAUCAAUAAAUCACUUACAAA